AGUUGAACAUGCUGGACAAAGAGAGUGGCAUUGGACGUGUAGAGGUCAAAGUCAUACAGACAGGGAACGGGCACUUGAUGUCCAGCAGGAACCUUACGGUACCGACUCUAACACCGUCUGCCUGCACAGACAGAGUGACUGACUGUUACUGCCCUAACGCCCUGAACGUGUGUUACAAGCGAGUAUACAAACUUUACAUCAGCAACUGUUGGCUGAUGGUGGCCAAAGACGCAUUGAAAUCAGCCGAGGUUAAACUGGAGGUGGGUGUGGUCAACAGAGCUGGACUGAAGACACCCACACCGUUGGUCCACGUGGUGAGCAACACCUUAUAAUUAGAUCAUUACAUAAUUUGUCAGCACACUUUCCAGCUAGGUCACUGUGGCCUGUAAAUAUUUGUGAUAAACCAGUGGUUGAUAUUAUGAGCAAUGUUGCACGCCGUUGAGGCUUGAUGACACGCUAUCAACCAAGUCAGAGAGUCGACCCGAUCGAAUAGGUCGCCUCUGACCACCAUCACUACAAUAUCGUUUUAUACAAAAGUACAGAUUAUAUACAACAAACAUAUGUGGUCAGCCAUUUGCCGAGAGUCAGCGUUCUGCUGACUGUAUCGUUUUUUUAAAGAGAAGUUAAUUAGUCUGCUAUUACAUGCUCUCUCCGUAAUCAGUUCUAUUUGACUCAGUUUGGGGCCAACAACAUCAGUUUGUUAAUUUGUCAGGAGACAGACUUAUAUAUUUUUUAAUUCCUGUUUUUAAUGUUUCUAAAAAUGUGAACACAGUCACAAAACCAUAAUUCUUUAAUUUCUUUUAGAUAUUUGCUCCACUCUGUAUCAUUGAUUAUGGGGCACGAGUGCCACAGUCAUAUAAGGCGCCGCAAUUGCUGCGUUGAGAAGCGUCCAUGAGGGGUGCCAGAAACUUCUGUGACCCUGGUUCGAAUCAUAGAUUCGCCCUGAUAGUGAUACGUGGUUUUGUGGGCAUGAAACCCGUGAAGUUUACACCACGUAGAGCUUUCCUUCUUCGCGAAGCUGCGUUCAACCAAACUCUCUCCUCUCGAUGGCCAGAAACACAUUGAGUGAGUGAAUCGAACCCCGGCCUGAGGCGUGACGGCUAAACCACGUGUCUACCCCCCCCCCCCCCCCCCCGUGGCUUUGUGAUACGUGUAAUUACGAUCUUGUACUGCUGACGUGUGCAGAUAGGAAAGGAUCCUUAAAAGAUGUGAUGAAACUUUUUCCUCUGUUUAUUGUAAGUGUGAUUGAGUUAUGUUUAACGCCGCUUUUAACAGUAUUCCAGUUAUAUCACGGCGUGUCAGCUUAAUGUGGGAGGAAAGCCCGAAGUGAUGCAGGUCUAAGACGUUUAC